UCCCGGAUAUAUUCAUCAUGCAUAUACACGCAUACACACGCAUUACAUAUAAAUAGAUGCAUAUAUACGUAUGACGUUCGUCGCGACACGCAUCCGUCGACGUGUUAUUCAGUUCCGAUCUUCAUCUUCGUCGUCUCGUUCUUUUCUAUUUGUUUCAUUUUUCGUUCCUCCAUUCUUCUUCGUUGAAUUCCGAAUUUCUAUUCAUCGUUUGAUAUCGACCUCGACUCGUUUAUCCCAGUGUCGACAUAUCGAUCUCGCGCCAACCAGCUCAGACUCAAAGUCCCCAUAGUCAAUCGGUAGAUGAAUACUCGAUGACAAACGCAAAUUCUCGCGAGAUAGUCUAUUGCUUCGUUGCUCAUCGCGAAUUUUUCGUUAUAUUUCAUCCUCGAUUCAACCCUUAUUGAGAGCGUUACUCUUACUCUCUCUCUCUUUGUCUCUCUCUCUCUCUCUCUUUCUCUCUCUCUCUCGCGAGCGAGCGCGCUUCGGUCCACCACAACAACGCACGCUUCUUCGCCUCAUCCGCUUCUUUCUAACAAUAAGCCGAUCUUUAUUCCCUCAUCAACGGUACACGUGUUUCAUCCACUGCACGUGCGCGACCGUACGCAUUCGUUGUGUUGUUUCGAAUAGCCUGUUAUUCUUUCUCUCUCUUUCUUCGUUCUUUCUGCACGCUUCUUCGCUUCUCUUGCCCGUGUUUCACCCUCUCUGCUCGAAAAACCUACUCUCUUUCGCUUCUUCUCCUCUCUUUCAUUCUUGAUCCAGUGACGUCGAUUCGUCCCAGAAGAUCAUCGUUGCGAACCUCCUGUCUUGCCUUCGUCUCUCGUCGGCCUCGCAGUACCGGAAUCUCCUGGGAUCCCUACGAGAUUUAAGUAUCUCUAAGAACGAUCGAUUCCAUGACGGCAGAAAGUUUUGGUUUAACCUUCGUUUAAUUUUUGUUUCGUGGUAUUCGAGUUGCAAACGCCUACCGUUUCCUCUUUUACACGCUUUGGGAACACAUGCGGUGCGUGUUCGCUCCUGAAACGCGCGUUCGAAAUUCAUAAGUGACACAUCCAAGGAAUCUCGUAUUCGAGUUUCUAGCACCUUCGAUCGAAAGAACCGGGGAAACACUCGUAAUCGGCGUUGGUUUUCGAUUCGUGCGCCGAACGCGAUUUCUUUUUAGAAAUUUGUCUGCCACCGUCAAACGAAACGCGAAAUAGUCCAUAACGUGGGAUUGUCGUCUUUAAGACUGGAUUGGCGAAGAUCUAUCGAAUCGCGAUUGAUAACCAGAUCGAGCACUUUUAUCGAGUAACGCGUAAACGAUCAACGGAUUAGAUGCUCGCGAACGUAAACGAGGAAGAAUCGUGCAUGGCUGCUCCAGCAGUUGCAGGAUAAGUUCUUGGAACAAAUAAUCGGCAAACUCGUCGCGUAAACGUACGCACGAGAAUAGUAGCUCGGUGGCCGAAGACGGCAGGCUUGAUGUUGAACUGUGAUGACCGCGAAUCGCUGGCGGAAAGUACUCGAAAGCGUCGUGAUUCUGUCGUGUGUUGGCGUGCCGGUGCACAAACCAGACUGACGGAUAGCAGUAAUCGAGGAAAGACGAUCGAGAAGAAGAAACAGUUUCGCUAGACAGUUCUCCAUUGUCUUGAGUUUUUAUCUCGUGAGCUGCCUCGUCGCAAACAUCACGCACUUUCCAGCCGAAUCAUUAACCCGCAGAGAGAAAUAGAACAAUGGAUCACGAGGAUCGAACUCAAGUUCGUUGACGUGGUCGACCGAUCAAAAGAAUCCGGUAAAUGGACCAACAACAGCUUGGCGAUCAACGCUAAUAGAGAAGAGUGGAUGAUAACCGAUAUGUAACAGAGCGACGCUUCUGCAGAACCAGUCGAACGACUCGGUGGUAUCGGAACCCCGCAGCCAGGUUCCAACAAGGUGUGAAGCACGUAUCGUACACGUAUACGUAUAUAUCGAAAGUCAAUCCGGGAGUUCGUUAGCGCGAAGUAAAGCGACUAGCUGGGCGGGGAAUACCAACAGGAAGAGGUGAGCACACCCGGAGAGUGAGCGGUCUAUGACGUUACCGGUGACUGUCUACGUCACGUUAACGGUAACGGUAAUCCUCGUACACAACACGCACGCGACCUAGUCGCAACGCAGCAGCGCGGAAUAAAGCAAGUGGAGAGUGGCUAGCGAGCGAGCGCCUCGAGCAAUUUAAAAGUGAAACUGUGACGAUCCACCGGCACUCCGGCGCGGCGUUUCCCCUUUCUCCUAUUUGCUCCGUCCCUAUUUCUGACUGUCUGCUUCAUCUUCCGUUCCUUUCUCAUCUUCCGUUUUUUGACCAACGCGCGACUAUCUUUCUUUUCUCCGCUUCUCUCUCUCUCUCUCUCUCUCUCUCUCUCUCUCUCUCUCUCACUUGUAUUCCUCGUCGUUUCGCCGCCCGUUUCUGUGUUCCUCUUCUCUUCGUUUCUCGGCCCCCUCCCCGUCCGCCCCUGGUCGUCUCGUGAUUGUGACACGGAAGGGAACGCGCGACGCGCAGUGAAAGUGAUCGACAUUACGAUUUUCCUGGCUAGCGAACCCCCUGGGCUUGGCUUACUCGACGACAGGUCCGAUACUACAAGGCAGAUAAUCCGUGACGGAGAAUGACACGCAGGUGCGACGAGUUGGGGAGUAGCUGAAGGCGGCCGCGAUCGCGACCGGCCUGGUGUCGUCCACGCUCGUACUUCCGGAACACCGCACAGGUGGGGAAAAGAGGCUACGCUAACACCUGCCGCUCACGUUGAUGGCCGAUCAUCGACGAGCCAAAAAUGAAUUAUGACCCUUACGAGCAGCCCGUGUGAGCUAGACAACAUGAGCUUGUUUCAAGACCUCAAGUUGAAAAGGAGGAAGGUCGACUCCCGAUGUAGUAGCGACGACUCCCCGGUAUCCCUUGGAUCAGCAGGCUCGCCGCUCGGGAUCCAGCCGGCGGACGCUCCUUCACCCAUAAACUUUCCUGCUCCAGGGGAGAGCAUGGCAGACACCUCGACCCUGUCGCCGGAGGCUAACAUGCCGAGCUCGCCGGGCUGCCCCGUGGUCAAAGUCAAAAGCGAGUAUCUGCUAGGCAUCCCGAGUCCGGGGACACCGCGAGAUCCUCUUCGUGGAAGCGGGGCAGCAACUGGCUUGGAAACUCGUGAUACAACCUGUUCGGACCGUGCGUCACCCGAUUCAGUCUUCCCUGAUGCCACUUCGAUGGUGGGCUACAGAGUCGUCGAGGAACAGCAGCAACAGCAGCAGCAGCACUAUCACCAGCAACAGCAGCAACAACAACAACAACAGCAGCAGCAGCAACAGCAACAGCAUCAACAACAACGUUCCGGUACACCCGUACCAACCAGGUUGUCGCCUUAUUCGCCGAUGCAAGCGGUCUCCACGACUCCCAUGCCUCAAGAAGCGACUUCAAGAAGCGACAGCCCCGACAAGGGUGACUUAUCGUCGGCGCAGACGAAGGAGGAGUCCGAUAACUCGGUUUUUGACGGAGGAGGUGGUGGUGGUAGCGGCGGUGGUGGUCGUUCGGAGACUUCCAGUCAACCUAGUCACCGAAGCAGCCCGUCUUCUCAAUAUAGCCCUAGCCAGAGUAUGAGUCCUAGCGCGAGUGCGACACACACUACUCAACAACAGCAACCGCAAACACAGCCAACACCGCUGAGACCCCGAGUGCCCUCGGUGCCACCUCACCUUCUAGCUCACCAUCAAUUUUGGUCACAAAACAACGGUAUACAGGGGUUCGCUACGCAAAGGCUAUUGAACGGGGUCAUCAGUAGCGCUGUUAACUAUGGACAGAACGCUGCAGUUGCAUCCACUAGUAGCAGUACAAGUUUGAGCAGCAGUACAGGGAGCAGCGGGAAUGGGGCAACUUCCACGAGUACGGGGGCAACUAGUACAGCUUCCUCGUGCGAAACGAUGAAACCACCGACACAAAGGCCCACGCCAGCGCCCCCAAGACCACCUCCCACCGUAAUCAUGGGUGAAAUCGGUGGCGUUCGGACGAUGAUAUGGUCCGCGCCACCAUUGGACCCCGUACCACCGCCAGCGGCUUCGUGGACGGCAACGGCCGCGGCGGCAUCCUGUUCCUCCUCGGAAGAGUCGGCUGCCCAGCUACUUUUAAAUCUCGGACAGGAGUCCAGGGGCAAACCAUCCUCCGUUUCCUAUUCUUCCGGUCCACCACUCAAUAUGGAGAGGUUAUGGGCUGGCGAUAUGACGCAAUUACCGGCCGCGCAACAGAUGCAAGCGCUCAACUUGACGGCUUCCGGGUCUGGUCAAACGUGGGAGAGAAACGGAGGAGUCGUCAAGUCCGAGACGGCAUCGCAGUCGAUAUCAGUCGCUCCACCUGCACCACCGAUGCCACCUCAAGAACACGAGGAAGACGAAACACCUAUGAUAUGUAUGAUUUGCGAGGACAAAGCUACUGGUUUGCAUUACGGCAUCAUCACGUGUGAAGGGUGUAAGGGUUUCUUCAAAAGAACUGUACAAAAUAGGCGAGUGUACACGUGCGUGGCAGAAGGUGGUUGCGAAAUUACGAAGGCCCAAAGAAACAGGUGUCAGUACUGUCGUUUCAAAAAGUGCAUUGAACAGGGUAUGGUCCUUCAGGCCGUUCGAGAAGAUCGAAUGCCUGGAGGAAGAAAUUCUGGUGCUGUAUAUAACCUUUACAAGGUGAAGUACAAGAAGCACAAGAAAAGUAACAAAACAAGUGGAGUGGGCGGAAGCAUGGGUGGCAUAAGUAGCGGCGGUAAUGUUGGCGGUGUUAACGGGUCGGGAUCCCUUGGUGGUAGCAAAAGCACCAUGGGUUCGACGAUGCUUGACAAACACAUGGCUGUAGCCGCAGUCGCUCACCACAGCCAACAGCAACAUGUCCAGCUAGCUGGUGGUUUUCUUCAUCAUCACAAGAUUUCGUCGGGCGACCCGCUCAACUCGCAAUCUACCACCAGUCACUCAAGUCACCCCGCGCAUUCGGGACACCUUGUUAAUGGGACGAUCCUGAAGACAGCGCUCACCAACCCCUCCGAAGUGGUACACUUAAGGCAGAGGUUAGACAACACAGUAAGCAGUUCGAGGGAUCGGUCUUUUCCUUUCGAUGCAACCGUUGCUAUGAUCCAGUCUCUAAUAGAUUGCGACGAGUUCCAAGACAUUGCCACGUUAAGGAACUUGGACGAGCUACUGGACCAUAAAUCAAACUUAAGCGACAAGCUGUGUCAGAUAGGGGACAGCAUAGUGUACAAGUUGGUGCAGUGGACCAAAAGGUUACCGUUUUACCUUGAGCUACCGGUCGAAGUUCACACGACGUUGCUCACCCACAAGUGGCAUGAGAUCCUGGUGCUGACCACUUCCGCUUAUCAAGCGAUACACGGUCAGCACAAGUUCUCCAACGUCGGAAGCGACGUGAUGGGAGCGGAUUUUAUGCAAGAAGUUUCAAACAACAUGUAUACGUUGCAAACGUGCCUAACGAACAUGAUGGGCCGACCGAUAACCAUGGACCAAUUACAACAAGACGUAGGGCUCAUGGUGGAAAAAAUUACAUACGUCACAUUAAUGUUCAGGAGGGUGAGAUUACGAAUGGAAGAAUACGUCUGCCUGAAAGUAAUCACCAUGCUCUCGCAAGCAAAAUCACGUGGAGGUACUAUGGAAUUAGAACAUCUACAAGAACGGUACAUGAGCUGUCUACGGAGUUUUGUCGAGCACAGCGCGCCUCAACAGCCGAAUCGAUUUCAUGAUCUUCUCGUCAGAUUGCCCGAAGUACAAUCGGCGGCAGCUCUUCUACUUGAGAGUAAAAUGUUCUACGUUCCUUUCCUAUUGAACUCAACAAUUCAAAGAUAGUAAAUAAAAAACAAACUGACGAUAAACGAAGCUGAAUACCUAUAUACAUACUAUACAUAUAAAUAUAUACAUAUAUAUACACACACGAAAGAUUAUAUUGUAUGUAUAUAUGUAUAUAUAUGAAAAUAGAAUCGAACAAACAAACAAAAGCAAACGGGAGAGACUUAUAGGAAAAGGGAAAAGGGAAAGGCUUUGUUUGCGUAUGUAUAAUAAUUAUAUAAAAAAAGUAUAUAUAUAAAUAAUAUAAAUAAUAUAAAUCUGUGUGUUCGUUGCGUUGUACAAAACGAAGAAAGUCGAGAAGAGAACGAGGAACCUGCGAAAAGCGUGAUAAAACAGACAAAAGCGUUAGAAGGAAAAAAAACAAGAAAGAACAAAAACUAGAGAAAAACGAGAAGAUUUGAAAAAAAGAGACGCAAAGGAUACGGAGGAGGAGAGAGAGAGUGCUUUAGAUAAGAAAUAAAAAAAGCAAAUUAAUGAAAGAAUAUAAAGAGUUCGAAAGAGAGCGAGAGAGCGGGAGAGAAAGAGAGGGAGAGUGAGGAAGCGCGCCACCUCGAGAUGGGAAAUCAAUCGAGGAGGGAACUGAACUUUUUUAUCGAAACUGAAAGACUAUAAUAAUAUAUUUCUGUACGCAGUACCGCGCAACUACGUCAUUGUGUGUUCACGUUGCAUAAUCCGAUCGAUAAUAAAACUCUCGUUACGUACGCUCACUGUAGGCCACCUACUACCACCUACUACUAUUGCUGCUACUACUACUGCUACUGUUACUAUUACUCUUCACCACUAUCAAACUAAAUAGCAGACUACCAUUAAAACGACCGAAAGAUCAAUCGACCGAUGUUGAUGAUAAUGGUGAUCAUAAUAUUAACGAUGAUGAUGACGACGAUGAUAAUGGUGAUGAUGAUAAUCGACGACAAGUCACCAGCAACAGCACAAACGCAAAACAAUCGAUCAGUGAACAAAUCGAUCGCCGCGUAUCUAUGUAUCUUUACACGCGGGUAUAAUAAUUACAAUAUCACAGCCAAACGAGUACGCAUUCUCGAUAACAAAAUAACUCUAAACGCCUAUAAAUACUUAAAUACUCUCGUCUAUGUAUCCAUGUGAUCCUACCCUUAAACUAAACGACGUUGCAGACGUAAGUGUGAUAUUUCAGUUAUCAUUCUAAUUAAGAGAAGAUACAGGGAACACGGCCGUCGUCAUUACUAGAACAAGGACUGACUGAAUGGAUGUUUGUAAAAACGAUGACGAUUUUUGCAUAACUGUUAAAUCGAAAAACAGAAAAACUGAUGUUAUUUGCAUAAAGUGAUGCAGAGACCAAUUUGACGUCUACUGAAUGGUACCCUUCAAUUAUACGAAGGAAAAUAUGCCCGACGUGGAACACAUUUGGAUGGAAAUCUGGCUAGACUCUAGGCUACAGACUUAUUGACUCGUAAAUCGUCCUCGUUGUUAUUGUCGUUCUUGUCGUCAUUCACCGCUCCGAAUCAUGGUCCAAGCGCGCAACACAGAAGACUAUAUUAUAUAUACAUAUAUACAUAUAUAUAUAUAUAUAUUCACGGUUUUGUUAAUUUACAUUUUAUCGUCAUCGACGUAAAUCUUUACGCGUGUAAUAUCGUGCAUCAUUCACCGGUCGAUUUUUUACUCGUCCUUCGAACGAUCCGAUCCUCCACUUUUCUCGGAUCAUGAGAUCACGCGAUUCUAGAGCUUACGAAAAGAGGGAAGUGUCGCGUAAACGAAACUCUUCUCACAAACGAGACGCUUCCGCGAGAUUCUCGACGACUUUUAAAUAAAGUUCGAUUCGAUGACUUGCAAAUAUUUUGCAAAAUUUUUGUAAUGGACGUUCUUCGAACUGAUACUGAUUUUCGAUACGUAAGAUAAACUUUUUAAACGUUUUUUAUAUAGUUCUAAUGAAUUCAUAGCCUGCCGUAUAUCGAAGUGAUAUUUUUUCUAUUGAAAAUCCUUGCAAGGAUCUGAUCGUUCGAACCUGUGCGCGUGAGCGCGCGCGCUUCGUUUCUCGUUACCAAGUGUUCCCCAUUGAUUCGUGACAAAAGAUUGUUUUUUAUAAUUCCUCGUUAAAAUGACUGCGAUAAUUUCAUAGUAUUAUAUACAAGAAAGAAAAAGGAGAAAAAGAGAAGGUAAAAUGCAUAAACGAAUGGAAAAUAUGACUAGCAAAAGACUUGGUAUUUCUUUAUUACGAGGAAGCUUAUAUUCGUAGCAAACAAAAAAAGUAAUAGAGUAACAAAAGUUCGAGUAUACCUUUUUCUUCUCGCGUGAGCUUUUAUCGGACUUAUGGAAAAUUGUUGCCCACUUUGGCAAAUGUAGAUAUAAAUAUGCAUAUACGUAUGUAUAAUGCAUAUUUAUGUGUCGCGGACACGUGUGAUAUUCGGUUUCCUUGCGACUCAGAAAUACCUGGUUCUUCAGAUUGGCUCAAUUAUUUAAGAUAGCAAAACCAAUUGUAGAAAAUGGAAAUAACGGUAGGAAACAAACCGGUGGCUGACGCCAGUCGAAACGUCUUGUUCGUGUCUUGGAAAGGAAAAAGAAAAAAUGAUGAAUAAUGCUCCUUGUAUACGCAUGUAAUGAUUAAUUAGCGCAUGUUCUAUCACAACGUGAUUGUCUCAUCUUGCCUCCAUAGAAGUUAUCGUAAACACGCGCUAAUUACCGCUACGCACGCGAUCACGAGUACGAUGAAAUCGAAUUCCCCUUUCUUUGAUCCCGAAGGUCCGUUGUUGUGUCUUUGGAUGCCUUCGGUCGUGUUGCAUUUAUCUUCAUUCCCUGAUCCUUAAUUUUCUCUUCCUCUUAUUUUCCUACACUACAAAUUACAAAGCGAAUAUUCUGCUCAAAGCAAAUUCCACCGAAGCUUUCGCAGGAAACUUUCUCUACUCCCGUCAACCUUGAUGCCUUUUCUACAUCUUUGAGAUAAUUUCGCCGAACUUGUGAUCGUGAGCGCACAUACGAAAAAAAAAAAUCAACACGAGAACUAUACACACAGACCUUGGGCCUACUAGCCUAGGGAUACUUGUCCAUACUAUAAGACUUAACUAAUGAUGGGAUACUUCAUACGGUAAACAAUGUAUAUUAUUUGCGGUUAAGGAACUGGGGGUAACGGUUCCUGUAUUCCCCGGACAUCAUCGUACACUUGUUCUGUGUUCAAUUGGACGGUCGAUAAGGUCGCAACCGCGAGUGAUAGAAAGAAAGAAAACAAGCAAGAUAGAAGAACGAAGAGAAAAAGAAAACAAGCUCGCUAAAUUACGUUAAGAGAAUAUUUGACAUGAUAUUGGCUAACGCGUAUUUCUUUUUUCUUUUACUUUUUCUUCGAAAACAUAAAUCGCUCAUAAUUUCCUCACGUUUACACGCGAAAAUUUACUUUGAAGUUACCGUUUAGUAUAGUGCAAUACGAAGAAAGGAAGCAAUCGUGUUAGCAUUUAGACCGAUACAUUUGUUCCUUUUGCUCUCUUUCUUUUGUCUCCUACCUUCAUAGACAUUUUUUACGCUCCUCGUUCCUUCCUCUUCCCUGCCCGCUCCCUCGAGUUGAUCCACCAAACCGCGACUGUUCACCCUUAUGUUCCUAUAACCCUGCCCAUCAACCAAUUCUGUUUCCUUUUUUUAUUCUCAUUAGCUAGUAAAGAUAAUGUACUUCCCGCGGAGAACUCUUUUCUUGUCGCCUCCUAUUUAUUGUUAGCAUGUACAUACAACAUCGAAACAGAUGUUAAAGAACGGCGAGGAAAAAAGAACGCCGCGUUAAGAGAAAAAAGCACCGAGUUGGACUGUCUAUUAUAUUACAUUAUAUAUAAGUAUAUAAAUAUAAAUAUAAGUAUAUAAAUAUAAAUAUAAGUAUAUAAAUAUAAAUAUAAAUAUAAAUUAUAAAUAUAAAUAUGAAUAUAAAUAUAAAUAUAAAUAUGUAUAUUGUAUAAAAAGAAAUGUGCACCGAUGUCUGGGAGUACAGCAGCUGCUUACGGGAGAGCUAUACGUUGGAUCAGCAAGACUUAGGGCAUUAUACUACCCGCGAGUAUUAUCAUGCCCAACCUUUAAUAUUUAAGUGCGAGUGAGAGUCUAUUGAGCAAAAGUAAAAGAAAAAUAGAUGAAAUUUAAAAAUAUAAAAAAUACAUAUGCCUCUCGUUUGUGGGUUUAACUUUGUACAUAUUGUACGAAAGGUUUAAUAAUAACUACGUUGAAAGUACUAGUCCUGUCUCUUUGUAUAAUUCCGUGUUAUACCUGUUCUUAUAUAGUGUCAAGCGGUGCAACAGCGUUUCUAAUCCUGUGUCAGCCAUACGAUUGAGCCUGAUUAAAAUUAUGCGAUGCAGGAUAUGUAUGUGACACCACUUUAGUUAUACAUGUUUAGAAUCUUCUAACGAAAUAACACGAAUAGGAUAUAUCGUUUUGCCGAGUCGUCUAUGCUCUGUUCACAAAUGUCGGGAUGGUAAUAAAAACUUGUAUUUCUUUUGGGGCGAUGAAUCAUAACGAUUAUAUAUAUAUAUGUUAUCGUCAUAGGCUAAUUGUUUCAAAUGUUACAUAUAUUACCCCAUAUAUAUAUUACAUUAUAUAUAUGAGGAAAUAUAUGUAACAUCUGAAACAACUUGCCUAUGUACAAUGUACAUUUGAGCUACAAACCGCGGCAUCAAAAUCGUUAAGGAUUGAUGUGAUAUUGAAACAACGUUCGUAUUUAUAUUGUCAGAUUAGGACGUUCUUAUGUAUUUCAUUCACCGAAAUAUUUUUCUUGGCUAUCAAUUUACUGAUCUCUGGAUCUCCUAAAAAUGUCAGCUUAUUAUUUUCUUAUUAAAACGAUGAAAUUUUCAAACGCGCACCAUUACUUCGAACGGAUUGGUUAACACUGAAGUAUGCUGCUUGUCACGGUAUAAGCAAAGAAGCGCGAAAUGCAAACGUUAACCCAAAAACGACGGGCGAAAAGAAAACACGAAUGCCAGACUGGCAAGAGGAAAUACUUUUUCAAUGAGUGAGUCAAAGUUACCAAUUUCUACCUACGUUUAGGAAGUACAUUUUUAUCAUCUCGUUUACCUUCGACUAUUCCUUUUGUAACUGAGAUUUGGGCACCGUGUGAAUUGCUGCUUUGCCAAGAACCGAAUACUGCUAUACUGCUGCGAAUCAUUUUUUUUACCAACUUUUGCGCGCGAAAUACGAUUUCUCGUUGAUGAACGUAAACAUUUGCGAAAUUGCUCCAUCUAGCAUUUUUCGAAUUUUUACACCUGAUUUGAUAACGAUUUCGAGCUUUAUAUCGCGCAUGAAUGUAUUUUUUUAAUGAAUGUUAUUUUAUUAGGAAUAAUUCAAAUAUCAUUCACGCAUUUCUUGUAUUUUAUAUGCACAUUACAUUUUACAAUUUUUUGCACGAAUUAUUCAAAAUAGUUGCACAUCGACAUUUUAUUAUAAUGUGCAAUUUAACAAUUUGGUAAGAACUUUACUUAUCGUCACAAAUAUAGAAUUUAUAUGUGUAGUUGGAAUUUUUCUUUUUGAAAGCAAAUACUUAAAGAAUAAUGCAUAAUUAAACAGACUGAAAAUCUACAUAUAAUCUUUUGUCAAAAUCAAAUACUUAAUUAAAUACUCUAGUCGAUGUAAAAGAGAAUAUGUUUAUAUAAUAAGUUUAAUACAAAAAUUUACAUAUUUUAUUUUUUAUCGUUAGCAAAAAAUUUCAUUAAAUACCAAUUUAGCUUAUUCGUUGCAUUUUUUCACUGCAUUGCGUCCUUCAUGCAAUGAGCUCCAAAAUUCGUUCAAUUGUUGUCAUUUUACUGAGUAACAAAUAAUUAUUAAUAAUGCGAUUAUACACGGAAUACGACGAAGUACAACGAGAAGUAUAACACGGACGCGCUUGCAGAUUUAUAGUCGGGCAAAAAAAUUAUCGCAUUUGUUUUCAUAAAGAUGUGUAUAUAGAUGAAGUUGAUAAUCAUAAGAAUAAAUUCAUUGUUAUCGCAAGGAUUAAGCAUUGUAAGAUAUAAUAUAAUGAUGUUCAUCCGACCAAUAAAUCGGAAGCUAUCGGUUCUGGGCAAAACAGGCUAGACUUCACAGGUGACGCGUAAACCCCCUGUAUUUUUAUGAAUAAAUAAGAUAUUUUAAAAAAAAAAGUAAAUCUGAAGUCUGUUUGGAGAUGCCUUUCAUAGGGAUUAUAUAAAUGUAGAUAAUAUAUUAUACAUAUUGAACAUAAAUACACUAUAUUAUUAUAUAUAAAUAGUAAGGAAUAAAUAGAAUUAUUAUAUAUACGAUGAAAAUAAUAUUAUUACAAGUAAAUAAACUAAUUAAAGAUGAACAAAUUUGAUGAUAUCUUUAUUAUUCCAUACCCAUACCUACAUACGAUAGUUUCCUCCUUUAUUAUUUCACGGUAUAUAUAUAUAUGUAUGUGUACGUAUAUGUGUAUGCGUGUUAUAUGUAUAUAUUUGUACUUUACUUAUCACAAUAAUAACGGGAGUAUUAUUGAUAAUGUCAGUUGCAAUUUUUGCGCAUUUUUAUUACAGACGUUUCAUUACAUUAACAUAACAAAAUCUAUACUUUCAAGGUACAUGAUCGUUAAAAUGUUGUCUACCUGUGAGAUCUUUAAGAAUUAUGCGCAGUGUUCAAGCUCCUGCACAAAACGUUUAUUAAGCUAAAGUAGUCUCAUUAUUUAAUGUCAUUGUCUUUAUUCCAGUGAGCUUACCGAUGUAAAUCGCCGCAAGCGCUUGGACACUUCGAUAAGGUUAAAGCGAUCACAGACAGAGGCAUUUCAAAGGUGACUGCUGUGAAUACCUAAGUAGACACAGAAGCUAAUACUUUUAUGAUUCCUAGGAUAUCCGUACUACGUAGGCAUUCUUACGCAUCACCACCGUUUUACGAUAAUAAUAGAGGCUGCAAAACCGACAGAUCGAGUUUGUAACGUAAACUCCGUGUCUUGCCUUGUGUAAUGAUCUAUCUAAUAUAAUAUCAAUAAUGUAAAUACAAAGAAUUGAUUAAUGUAAAAUCGUAUAGUUGCAUAUUGUAACAAUCUGGAUAUAUUAUAUAUAUAUAUAUAUAAUAUAUAUAUAAUAUAUAUAUAAUAUAUAUAUAUAAAUCGUAUUUUUUAUCGAUAAUAUUGUAAAAUGUAAAAAGUAUCGUGUAAAGCAAUCAUCGAAUUGGACGCCGAAAUAUCUUACGAGAUAAUAAUAAAGAUCGAAAUAUGAUAAAGUAAUUGUUAAUGAUAGUUUCUGGAAUAUAAAAAAGUGAAGAGAAUUCCUUACACACGCCUUUGUUAAGCUCUCUGUUAUUUAUAUGAUCCGUCCUAGUUCGUCUAUGAUUAUCCGUCAGUAGAAAGUAUUUACUUCUAGUAGACCGUCGUGUUAUAGUUCUGAAGGCACUGUUCAAAAGUUGACUAUUUUUAUUUUUUUUUUUUUCAUUUUUUUUUUGAAAUAACAAGU